AUGAAACGAAUAAUUCCUGAUUUAGCGCUUUCUUCUUUAUACUUUCGUUCAUAUUUUCCCUUUCUGUCUCUUUCUUUCUUUCUUUCUUUCUUUCUUUCUUCUUUCUUUCUUUCUUUCUUUCUUCAUAUCAUUGAAAGCGCUUUCUUAAAUCUUUCAUUGAUAUUUUUGUUUCCUUUAAUCUUUUUCAUACUUUUUCUUUCUUUUGUUUGUUUUCCUUUUCCUUUUUUUAUGACUUUUUCUUUCUUUCUUUCUUUCUUUCUUUCUUUCUUUCUUUCUUUCUUUCUUUCUUUCUUUCUUUCAAAUAUCUCUCUUAUUUUUUCCCUCACAUUUUUCUGUUUCCUUAAAUAUCUUUUACUUCCUUUUCUUUCUUUUCCACUUUUCAUUCCUUUCUUCUUUCAUUCUUUUUGUCUCUCUUUUUCUUUCUUUCAAUCUAUUUAUCUGUGGUCAUCGCUAUCAAAACGGCAAUCGAUCACUCUCUCUCUCUCUCUCUCUCUCUCUCUCUCUCUCAGUCGGUUCAUCUCUCUCUUUCAUACUCUCCUUAUCACUCUCUAUCUCUCUGCCUAUCUAAAUCUUUUUGUUUAUCUUCGUUCUUUCUUUCUAUCUAUCUAUCUAUCUAUCUAUCUAUCUAUCUAUCUAUCUAGCCAUGAAUCACAGGCUGAAUAUUUUUCUCACUUCCUUUCUCUGAUGCUAAAUCUCAACGACCAUAUCUAUCUAUCUAUCUAUCUAUCUAUCUAUCUAUCUAUCUAUCUAAGUCUGUUCACUUCUAUUUCCCUCUUUCAGUUUGUUCAUCUCUAUCUAUGA